AUGGAUAUCAUUAUUGAAACAGAUGUAAUGAAUAAAGCACGUAUGAAUAUUGGUGUAUUCGAAAUCCAGUGAUUGACUGUAAUGGUUGAUAAUCUAGAUAACAGAUAAUAGAACAGCAAGAAUGGAUGACAAAAUAGCAACUGAUGAUGGGUCUCCGCGAAGUGCAGCUGCUUCGAAAGUUUCGAUAGCUUGA